CAAGGCGAGCCUUGCGUCGUAAGUCCGCGACCGACCCACUGGCCCGUUUAGCUUGAGCCCUGAGCCGCUUUGCCGGUGUUGUUAAUCGGUUUCCUGUCCCUGUCCCUGUCCCUCUUGGGCUGCACAUGAACGACACCAUGGCCGCGUCCUCACACCGGAUUAUGUUGGGGCCCCUGGUUGCUGCCAUCGACCAGGGGACGAGCUCCACUCGAUUUUUGGUGUUUAAUGCAAAAACAGCAGAGCUCCUCAGCCACCAUCAGGUAGAAAUCAAACAGAGCUUCCCUAAAGAAGGAUGGGUGGAAGAAGACCCCAAGGAAAUUCUGCAGUCGGUGUUCGAGUGCAUGGAGCGGACGUGUGAAAAACUCACCCAGCUCAACAUCGACAUCUCAAACAUUAAAGCGAUCGGAGUGACCAACCAAAGAGAGACCACACUCGUUUGGGACAAAGAGACAGGGGAGCCCCUCUACAAUGCCAUCGUUUGGCUGGACCUGCGGACUCAAUCAACAGUUGAACGUCUAAUAAACAAAACCCCGGGAAGGAAUAAGAACCACCUGAAGCAUAAAACGGGGCUCCCGAUCAGCACUUACUUCAGCGCCGUGAAGCUCCGCUGGCUGAUGGACAACGUGGACGAGGUCCAUGAAGCCGUCGUGUCUCACCGGGCCAUGUUCGGCACCGUGGACUCCUGGCUCAUUUGGUGCUUGACAGGCGGCAAGUCAGGCGGAGUCCACUGCACAGAUGUGACCAACGCCAGCAGAACCAUGCUGUUUAACAUUCACACCUUGGAAUGGGACCCAGAACUAUGCAAAUAUUUUGGUAUUCCCAUGGAGAUCCUGCCCAGAGUGAGGAGUUCUUCAGAAAUCUAUGGUCUCAUGAAAAUAUGUUCUAGCCUGAAAUCUGGAGCUCUCUCAGGUAUCCCCAUUUCAGGGUGUCUUGGGGAUCAGUCAGCAGCUCUUGUUGGACAGAUGUGUUUUCAGGACGGGCAGGCCAAAAACACGUAUGGAACGGGCUGCUUUCUCCUGAGAAACACUGGAGCCAAGCCUGUAAUGUCGGACCAUGGGCUUCUGACCACUGUGGCGUACAAACUUGGCCGGGACAAACCUGCCUGUUACGCACUAGAGGGCUCCGUGGCCAUUGCAGGAGCCGUGGUUCGCUGGCUGCAAGACAAUCUCGGGAUCAUCGGAUCAUCUGAAGAGCUCGAGAAGUUGGCUGCGUCAGUCGGGACAUCCUACGGCUGCUACUUUGUUCCUGCAUUCUCGGGUCUUUAUGCCCCUUACUGGGAGCCCAGUGCCAGAGGGAUCAUUUGUGGGUUAACUCAGUUUACUAAUAAGAGUCACGUUGCAUUUGCUGCAUUGGAAGCGGUGUGUUUCCAGACCCGAGAGAUUCUGGACGCCAUGAACCAGGACAGUGGCAUCCCGCUAACCCAGCUCCAGGUGGACGGAGGAAUGACGUCCAACAGGCUGCUGAUGCAGCUGCAGGCAGACAUCCUCUGUAUCCCUGUUGUGAAGCCGUCCAUGCCCGAGACCACUGCCCUCGGAGCAGCGAUGGCAGCGGGAGCAGCAGAGGGGGUGAGCGUGUGGAGUCUAAGCCCAGAGGACCUGAGUGAAGUCACCUCCGAGAAGUUCGAGCCCCAGAUCAACCCUGAAGAGAGCGAGUUUCGGUACGCUCGAUGGAAGAAGGCGGUUCAGAAAUCCAUGAACUGGGAGACGACGGAGCCUGUUGGGAAUGGAAACGGUGAAAGUAGUAUCUUCAGCAGCGUCCCCCUGGGCUUUUACAUCAUGGGCAGCAUGUUGAUGUUAAUUGGUGCAAAUUACCUCGCAGGCCACGACUAGACUCAGACUUCUGGAGGCAUUAACGCAAAAAAGAGGAAAGUGGAAACAAGCGCUCUUCAUACCGGACGCCCCCGCUCUCGGUUGCACUCGGUUUUUUUCUCUCCAAAAAAGGCAUUCCAGGAGAAUGACACUCCUGCUGAAUCUUACCGAAAAACCAGGACAGGUCGGGACUGACUAGUGGGAAUAUUUGUCUGCUGCAGGCAUUUGUACAUUAUGGAUCAAUUUUAGCAGUGUGCAUGCAGUAUUUCCUUUUUCAUUAUGUUGAUAUAGUGUCAAUUUCUGCGCUAGAAACUACCAACGGCAGUUUAAAUUGUUGUUCUCUUUCCACGGUAUGAAGUGAAGUGAAGCUCUCUAAUUGUCAUUACUUGUUUGUUUUGUCCUUCCCGACCCUCCACCAUGAGCUACAGAGGAUAUUUAAGAGCACUUUAUAUUUUUGUUUGGUCUUGUGGGAGCUGUGUACUAACAGAGUCUAAUAUAUUAUUUUUCUAACAUUGGGGAUUAAAGACACAGAAGGUUUUUAGGGAAAGGAAAACGAGGGAGAGUUAAUGAACUGACAAGGUUUUUUUUUUGUGACAUUCUUUUCCAUACAGUCAUGUGUUUAAACCGUUAAAAUAUGUAUUGUGUAGGAAAACACAAUACAUGUUGAGGCAGAGAUGAAUCAGCAGCCUAUUUUUGAUUAUAGGAAGAAAUACAGUAGGAAUACACAUGUAUUUGUAUAUUUCUGUGUGACACAAAAGCUAGAACUAUGAAGAUCAUUAAAGGAAAAAAACGGAAGCAGCGGUUAAUAAGUGAUUAUUUAUCAAGAAAGAUUUUUUUUUAAUUUUUUUUACACACAGCCUCUCAUGGUUCAGAUUCAGUUGUAUAACUUUAACAUGCUCUGCUGUUUGUUUUUAUAGAGUCAUGAUGAAAAGGGCAAAUACACUUCAUUUCCACAGAACUUGAACUAUAUUUUAUUUAUUUUGGUCACAAGUUGAUCAUUUUUCAUAAUUUAUCUGGAGAAACAUUACACUCUAGCUGCUCUAGUUUUCAACAAAAAAAAGUAAAAAAAAAACAAACUUCCACGGCAUGCAAAAUGUUCAAAUGCAAACAUUUGAUAUGCGUCCUUAGAUGAAGAAGCAGUAUUGCACUGACCUGUUAGUUUGGCAUGUUUCUCUCAUUACAUUUUCAUUCAUAGGGAGAUUUCUAAAAACCAUAGACACACAUUCUGAAACCAGUCCCCUUUGCUGUAGUUUGGUUUGAAGAUUAAACUUUGAGGAAGGCGGAGCUCAUGAAUGUCUGUUUAUUCUGUUAACGUUUGUCUGUGUGGAUCUGAUUUGAAGAAAGGGGAGACAGAACUGGUACAGAAAUGAUUUAGGGUUAGCUGUUGUUGUAUACUCAUGCAGUUGUUUGUUGAACUGAAGGUAGGAAAUAAAUGGGUUCAAAGUGCGCUUUUGGGAUGUGAAUUAAUUGAAUAUACGGGACGUCAUUUAGAGUAGAGAAGCUGUAAGUGUUUCUGCAGGCAUGAAAGCAAAGAGCGCCAUCAAUUCAAAUGUAAAUGUGGGACAUUCAACAGAAAUGGUUGGUUUUAAUGAUGAAUUAUUUCCUAUUGAACAAUUAAUGUCUCCACUUGCUACUUGCUCUGCCAUCGCUCUCUCAUUCCCUACAACUCAUUCACAAUGGAAUGGAUAU